AGGAAUGUGCGUGUGAGGAGUCCAGAGGGGUGUUCCCUAGGGUUGUCAGCGUGGGAUGGCCCUCCGGGCAGCGGUCACGGCGGAGACUAGCGCCCAGCGACCGUCAGCCUCCUUUCCUGAUGGGGAAACAGCUGGAAUCAUCUGUCAGAGGCCCUGUGUUUGCAGACCUCCGCCCGUUUCCUACACAUACAGAAGACUCUACUCCUGUCCUUCUAAGUGUUAUCAAAUUGAGCGAGCUCAUGGGUGGGACACAGGAGAGCAAAUUGCCACAGAUAAGUCCACAAUCCACACAGCCAACCACUCACCCUGCCCUCCGCCUAGUAACAGCCUGGGACUGCAAGACAGGGACACCCAUUGGAACCCUGCUGUUGCAGCAGGAAGGACAGGCACCUGCAAUGGAAGCAGGACGGCAGUACUAUGAUCUUCUAGUGAUCGGAGGGGGAUCUGGCGGGCUGGCCUGUGCCAAGGAAGCUGCUCAACUUGGAAAGAAGGUGGCAGUGCUAGACUAUGUGGACCCUUCCCCUCGAGGCACCAGGUGGGGCCUCGGCGGCACCUGUGUGAAUGUUGGCUGCAUCCCCAAGAAGCUGAUGCAUCAGGCAGCACUGCUGGGUGGCAUGAUCCGAGACGCCCCCUACUAUGGCUGGGAGGUGGCCCAGCCUGUUUGGCAUGACUGGAGAAAAAUGGCAGAAGCUGUUCAAAACCAUGUGAAAUCUCUGAACUGGGGACACCGGGUCCAGCUGCAGGAUAGAAAAGUCAAGUACUUUAACAUCAAAGCCAGCUUUGUCAAUGAGCACACGGUUUGUGGUGUUGCAAAAGAUGGGAAAGAGACUCUGCUUUCAGCUGAGCAUAUCGUCGUUGCUACUGGAGGGCGGCCAAGGUACCCUACACAUAUCGCAGGUGCCUUGGAAUAUGGAAUUACAAGUGAUGACAUCUUCUGGCUGAAGGAGUCCCCUGGCAAAACGUUGGUGGUUGGGGCCAGCUACGUGGCCCUGGAGUGCGCCGGCUUCCUCACAGGAAUUGGCCUGGACACCACCAUCAUGAUGCGCAGCAUCCCCCUCCGGGGCUUCGAUCAGCAAAUGUCUUCCUUAGUCACGGAAUACAUGGAAUCUCAUGGCACCCGGUUCCUGAGGGGCUGCACUCCCUCAAGUGUGGGGAGGCUCCCGGAUGGCCAGCUCCAGGUCACCUGGAAGGACCAUGCCUCUGGCAAGGAGGACAAGGGCACCUUCGACACUGUCCUUUGGGCCAUAGGUCGAGUUCCAGAAACCAGAAGUCUGAAUUUGGAGAAGGCGGGAGUAAAAACAAACCCUGAUAGUCAUAAGAUCCUGGUUGAUGCCCAGGAAGCCACAUGUGUCCCUCACAUCUAUGCCAUCGGAGAUGUGGCGGAGGGGCGGCCUGAACUGACACCCACAGCUAUAAUGGCCGGGAAGCUCUUGGCCCAGCGGCUCUGUGGUCAGUCCUCAGACCUGAUGGAUUACGACAAUGUCCCCACAACUGUCUUUACCCCUUUGGAAUAUGGCUGUGUGGGGCUGUCAGAGGAGGAGGCUGUGGCUUGCCAUGGAGAGGAGCAUGUGGAGGUUUACCACGCAUAUUACAAACCACUGGAGUUCACAGUGGCUGAAAGGGAUGCAUCCCAGUGCUAUAUAAAGAUGGUGUGUCUUCGAGAGCCUCCGCAGCUGGUGCUGGGCCUGCACUUCCUUGGCCCCAGUGCAGGAGAAGUUACUCAAGGAUUUGCUCUGGGGAUCAAGUGUGGGGCCUCCUAUGCACAGGUAAUGCGGACAGUGGGCAUCCAUCCCACCUGUGCUGAGGAGGUGGCCAAGCUGCGCAUCUCCAAGCGCUCAGGCCUGGACCCCACCAUAACAGGCUGCUGAGGGUAAGCCACCAUCCCUGCCAGGCCCAGAGCACAAGGCACACCUGCCACCACCCACAGCCUGGCUCUUCGGAGGCUGGGAUCCAGGAUACUGGAGGCCAAAUCUGGGCAAGCUUUGCCCCUAACUGGACGGCUCCUGCCUGGAGGGCCCCUGAGGUAGCCAGCGUGGGGCAGCGUGUAUGGACGGAUUGCCUGUGUGCCCUGCAGGGAUGGCUUCUGGGAGCUGCUAGCCCCUACACCUGCAUUUUGAAUCCUUUCCUGCCUGGGCUGGCCUUGCCAGCCCCAAAUGCCAGAUGAUGACGACCUGUGCAGAAACCCACCCUAUGGGCUGCUCACGUCCGAGCCCCCCUGGUAUUUUCUGGAGUUAUAAAUAAAGAGGAUAUUUCCCCUAAAGUCUGUUCUGUGUAUGGUGUCCCCAUCUUGUCCCCCAGAAUGAUGGAUAGGUAUAGGGACUGCUACCCAGACCAGCAUCCUGUCAGUCCAUCUCUGUCAUUUAGGGACCUGGGGUCCCUGUGUACCUUGUCUUCAGCUGCUGUGCUUUGAGGUGUCCCACCUCCUCCUGGUGCAGGGAGUGGGCUGCCCAAAGACCCCAGGGAUCCUUCCUGAGAACUUCAGCUUGGAUCUCUGCACCUUGCAGAAUGGAGAGUGGCCAGGCUCCCAGCAGGUGUUCCAAGGGCUUUAUUCCAGAGCAGCUUGCCAGCGGUGUGGCCCAGUAACAGGACUUGGCAGAGGUGUCGGAGGCUUUCUGUCCCCUGAAUAUCAGGUACCCCACUUUAUUUCCAUUGUGACCCUCCCAGUCAGUUUGUCAGCUGUGCUCAGGCUAAUCCUGAACAUUGAGACUUGAUGGGCCAGGGAGCUCCCGGGGGCACCCACCACACCUGUCAGUCACCUCACAGAGAGACAGCACUGACAGUGACGGGCAGGGCCAGGCAUUGUGCUGGAGCUUUAGCAGCGGUUAAUCUCAUGUCUUCCUUAAGAAAACAUCACUUAGUCUGCCGCCCGGGAGCCCUGGAUGGGACCCUGCUUGUCAGCUAACAAAGGAAUGUGUUUGCACCUUAAUGGGCCUACUGGAGCCUCAGAGGCUUGCUUGCUUGGUGUGAAGCGUGUGCAGGAGCUCUCAGACACCUAAUUAAGAUGCCAAGUGCCAGGCUAGGCCGGGUCCUCUUAACAAGUGCAGUGAGAGCUCAGCCGUAUCCCAUUUAACGCACGGCUGGUGGCACACCCUGGCCUCCAAUCUUGCAGGGCGGGCUUACCUCCACACUGGGUGUUCCCCUAGCUGAGAGGCAAAGUCGAGGUCUGCUGAGGUCAGUGAACAGACCGGGGUCCCUGGGGGCAACUUAGUAGGUGCCUCUGGCCAGGGGCCUGCAGAUCCCUCAAAACUGAAUUUGCCCCUGUUGUGGGACAAAAGAGAAACUUCAAAUGGCCCUGUUGCUUUGUGUGACAAUAGAAAUGAUGUAGCCUGUGUGGAGGUCCUCAGUACACACUGGGCAGUCUGAUCACCCUGCUGGCCAGGAGUGCCACCCACAUGCCUGUUUUCCCACAGGCCCCUCCAGGUGGAAUUUUUACAUGCCCAUUUCCCCAGAAGGACUUUGCCCUGGCAUACUUGCUGUGUCUGUGACAUCUGCUUUCUCUAUGCUGUAUCUGGCCAUUCCAGCAGCUUGUACCAUCACCUGGGUGAGAACAAAGAAUCUGAGGUGCAGGUGUCACCAGUCUCACCAAUCUGUUGUGUGGGUGCUCAGUACAGCUCUUAGGGAUGCCACUCAUGUGGCAUUAAGUCUCUACAGCCCCCUAUCCCAGAAGCUUCAGCCCACUAGCUGGGCUCAUACCCUCCCUCACCUCCCUCACCCCCCCACCAGUAAACAGUGGGCAGGGCCCUGAUGCAACUCACAAGUAGUUAGUGUUCAGAAAAAGCCUGCCACAAAGAGCCUGGACCUGGCAAAUGCAUCAACCAGUCAACCCAUGGGGUCUUGUGUUGUCAGUAGAGCUUGCCUGGCCAUGGGGCCCAAUGCCCUGGAUAUCCACUUUCCUUGGGCCUCCAAUCCAGAAUUCAGGGCAGGACAGCUGUGUUCUUGGUUCUCAGGCCUGAGCAAGAGUGUGGGGAGUAGGACAGAGUGCUGGGCUGAAACAGUUUCUGUCCUGUGUACCCCUCAAGUCUGCCAGCUCAGGCUUGCUGUGUGAUCUGAGGUCCUUUCUCUGGGCCCACCCCUGCCCUGUCCUUUCCUCCCAGGGAGCUUGGGGAGGGGCCGCAGCACCAGAGGCCAGGUGCUCUCCCCUUGGCCCCAGGGCCGCCUUACCGCCGCCUUUGCAUGUUUUUAUGGUGCAAUGAAAAUAUGAUUUUAAUUCCUCAGAUUGUUCUGUGUAACCUACAAUUACCCCCGGCAACGUCCUGCACACUUCUGCUUUUGACUCCAGAUUGUGCAACGACAUGGGAAGGAGGGGGGCUGUUUAGGGGACAACUACCUCCUCUGCCUCAUCUUCUACUCUGAAGUGGGGCGGGUUUUCCUCCAGCCAGCCAUCACCCCUAUCCCUCCCCAGCCCAUGAGGUCCUGUCCCCGAAAGUCCUGAGGCCGCCUGGGAGGUGGACACAGAGGAGUGACAAGCUAUGAUUGAGGACUGGACCAAAGAUCAAAGGAGCACAUGGGAGGAGCAGAGACCCAACUCAGGAAGGGUCUGGAACAGGAGGAACAGAGUGGGCAUCAGGCCUGGGAGGCAGUGCGGUACUCAACCUGCAGUCCACCUCCAAACCCUCCACAGAUCUCUGGUUGCUCCCUCAGCAUCCUCAAACCUGCUGGGAACCCCAGCUUUGCUUGACAGGGAGCAGGGAACACCUGUCCCCUCCCCCACCUGCCUCAGCCAUGUUUUCUCGUGGCCAGGGAGACCUGGCUGAGGAAGUGACUACUGUCAGAGGCAGA